AUGGCCUCCACACAGGUAAAUGUUGAAAUGCUAUUCCUGGUCCAGAUAGUCAUUGGAACCACGGGGAAUUUCUCUCUUUUAAGUCAGUAUUUGAUCCUUUAUGUCAAUGGAUGCAAACUAAGGUCUGUGGAUUGGAUUCUCAGGCACCUGACUGUGGCCAACACCCUUGUCAUUCUCUCCAGAGGAAUCCCAGGGACCAUGGCAGCUUGCGGGGCCGAAGACUUCCUCAGUGAUGUUGGAUGCAAACUUGUUUUCUAUGUUCACAGGGUGGGCAGGGGGGUUUCUAUGGGCAGCACCUGCCUGCUGAGUGUCUUCCAGGCCGUCACCAUCAGCCCCAGGAGCUCCAGGUGGGUGGAGUUUGAAGUAGGAGUUCACAACUCUAUAAGCACAUUCACUGCCCUCUGCUGGGCACUGAAUUUGAUACUGAAUAUCACUUUUCCUGUGCAAGUGACUGCUAAGUGGAAAAAGAAAAACACCACAAAUAUAAUAGACUUUGGAUACUGUUCUGCUCCAGGUGAUGAGAAAGUCCUGAAUUCAGUAAAUGUAGCUUUGUUCUCCAUUAGUGAUGGUAUUUGUAUAGGGCUUUUACUCUGUGCCAGCGGCUCCAUGGUUUUACCCUAUGCAGGCACAAGAAGCAGGUCAGACACAUGCAUAAGACCAAUGUGUCCUGCCAAACCUCACCUGUGACCAGAGCCACCUACAGAAUCCUUGUCCUGGUGUGCCUGUAUGUAGAGUUUUACACCCUGUCCUGCAUCGUGCAAGCGUGUAUGGCUGUUUUUCAUAAUCCCAGCACCUUAUUGCUCACUUCUGCUGCCUUAAUAAAUAUGAGUUUCCCAACUAUCUGCCCCUUGCUUCUCAUGAGCUGGAAACACAGUGCAUCCAUAUUAAUUUGUGCCUCUCACAGAAAGAACAGAGUCACCUAAACUCAUACUGUCUGGUUUCCAUUGUAUUCCAUCAAUGAUAUACUCAGGCCCCAGUGAAAGACUCCAUAAUGCAGAAGACUGGGCUUUACUCUCCACUGUGCUAUUUAAUAUCUCCUUCCUCUCUCAUCAAAAUCAAGGGUCCAUCAGCUUAUCUGCUUCCUGCAUCACCUCAGAUAUUUCUGUCCUUGAGAGACUCAGUUCUCCUCUAGUUGGUACUUGGUCCUUUAUAAAAUCUCAGCACCAUGUGACUUUUACACUCCAUUUGCAGUGUGUCAGUUGCCUUUUGAUCCAGGUUUCAGAACUAGUUUUGAAGCUUUCAGUCAUGUUCUCCUAGAUACGCAUCAUCUCUUAACUUGGAGGCAUACUGAGAACACGUUCUAGUCAUCAAGUCAGAGGAGAACUUGAAACUGAGCCACACAAAGGUGCCGAAUUAGAACUUUUAAGCUUUGCAAGAUAAAUGCUAGGAGAGGCUAUUCGGGAGUCUCUCCAUGCAGUCUCUCCUCCUCCUCCAUUGGAAGAUGUGAGGUCUUCCAUUCAGUGUGUCCCUGGGUUUCCUGUAUGACUGUGCUUCACCA